CCCUCUCGCGAGGGACUGAAGCGCAGGCGCGGCCCACAUAGUAACGCCUGCGACCCCGUGACCCCGCUGAUGGCUCCACUUUGGCGCCCAGGCCUCCACCGACGGCGCAGGUAAAGGCCCUUAGGCUGCAGAAGUGGCGGUGGGGAGUAGCCAAGCCCUGGAGACCCGGCUUGGAUGCUUAGUGCUUGGACUGUGUGAGAGUGAAAACCCAGAGGAAGUUAGUUGGUGGCAGAACUACUGGCAAUGAAACCAGUGGAAUCAGUGACCUUCAGUGAUGUAGCUAUCAGCUUUACCAAGGAAGAGUGGGCCAUGCUGGACACAAACCAGAGAAAGAUGUUCAGAGAUGUUAUGCUGGAGAAUAUCAAUCAUCUGGUGUUCAUGGGAUAUCAGGUCUGCAUAUCAGAAGUGCUUUCACAGUCAGAACAAGGAGAACUGUGGAGAGUAUUAAGGUUUCUUCAAGUAUGGAGUCCAGGCGGGGAAAAUGACCAUAAAAAAGAAGUGAUAACCAUACAACAUAUCUCUAAGGACAUAUCUACCAACCAGACAAAGAUUUCUCACACUGAAGAGGGUCCCCUGGAAAGUAAUGAUUUGGGAGAAUAUUUCACUCACUCCACAAUGACUGACAUGGGAAAGAUACCCAAUGUAAACAAACAAUUUCAAAGAGUUCUCAAUUAUCAUUCAUUCCUUCAUCAAAAUAAGAAAAUUGAAAAUGGAUGUAAGUCAUAUAACUGUCAUCUAUGUGGAAAAGUCUUCAGAAGUAGUUCUGGCCUUAGACAACCUGAGAAAAUACACACUAGAGAAAAGCCAUAUGGCUACCAUCUAUCUGAGAAAGAUUUCACUGGUAGUUCUACCCUCACACAACAUGAAAGAAUUCACACUGUGGAGGAUCCAUAUAUCUGCCAUCUAUGUGGGAAUUCCUUCAGUCAAAGUUUUAACCUUAGGCAACAUGAAAGAAUUCACAAUGUGGAGAAACUAUAUGCCUGCCAUGGAUGUGGGAAAGAUUUCACAGAUAGUACCAGCCUCAGACAACAUGAGAGAACUCAUACUGAAGUAAAAGCAUAUGUCUGCCAUGUAUGUGGGAAAGACUUCACUGAUAGUUCCACACACAGAGAGCAUGAGAGAACUAACACUGGGGAGAAACCAUAUGUCGGCAAUAUGUGUAGGAAAUCCUUCAUUCAAUCUGGUAUCCUUAGGCAGCAUGAAAGAAUUCACACUGGGGAGAAACCCAGUAUCUGCAGAAUAUGUGGGAAAUCCUUCAGUCAUUGUGGUACCCUUAGACAACAUGAAAGAAUUCACACUGGGGAGAAACCAUAUGUCUGCAGUAUGGAGUGCUUCUUCCUCUCCCUGUUCCUGGAAAACAGCAGGAGCUUGUGCACAUCAGCCACCCAGAGUGAAGACAGCAUAUCUGCCUGCCUGCUGCUUGAAAUCAGGUCACCAGUUCACCAGCAUGGCUUUGAAGAGACUGGCUAA